CUUCUCCUAAUCUAGAAUAAAAUAGAAAAGAGUGAAAAAUAUUCAAUACAAGGAGGGUCUUUUUUUUUUCUUCUAAACACACAGAAAAAAAAACCAAGCGAAAAAAAAAAGACGACAAGAGAAAAAAAAAUUACAUUUCGAAAAGGCGUGUCUUAAAAUUUCUCCCCGUUCUGUUUUUUUUUUAUAUCCUGUUUCUUUGUCAAUGAAGUCGAGGAAAUCCAAGCCAAGCAAUGGCAGUGGUGCGACUAGCCCCAAUAGUGGACGUUCACAGGAGGAAAUUGCUCAACGUAGCAGUACCUUUACAUUUCUAAAGAAUCGGUUCUUUGCCAGCAGCGGUAGUGGCACGAGCCAUCAUGAAGUGCGCACCAACGUUCCAUUACAACCUCCGGUCACAUUAUUAUCGGAUGCGGAUAACCAGACUCCACUGUCGACAAGUCCAUGUGCCUCCACAUCGUCUAAUUACUCCAUGCCACAGAAAUCACUGUGGUCAGUAGACAAUACAGGCCGUUCGUCGUCCGACCGUACAGAUGAACCCGUCGUGGACAAAUCGCUGUCAAAAUCGUAUGAUGAUCGCAGUGCUUUCCACCACCCGGAAUUCUCACGCUCAGGUGCCAGCAAUGCACGACCGGCAUCGUUCAUGGCCCUGGAAGGUCAUGGACUUCACCAUGAUCAUUCUGCAGUUCAACCACUCGCCAGAAGCGGAGGGGAUUCCACGGCUAAAAAUAAAAACCGGGCCAGUUUGAUCAUUGUUAAAGAAGGCUACCUUUACAAGAAGACCGAUUUUCGACCCUUUCAUAAACCUUCCAAGCUUCAUCGAGGUUGGAAAUUGUAUCGGGUAGCGCUGCGUGGCCAUAAGCUGUACCUGUAUAAAGUCCCCGCCGAAUCACCGUUUAAAACUUUAUUCCCGUUGCCCAGAGACCAUUCCCUGUCACUGUCGUUAUCCAAUACCAGCCUCGCCUCACAGAAACAUGUACCACCCAUGUUGACAUCCCUACCAUCACCCAAGGAAACGUUCCUGAAUGCAGAAGAUUUUGAUGAAGAAGCUCAGGCACAGUUAUUUUCAUCUCCCAUUCACAUCCCUCUGUGUUCGGCUACUUUUACUGAAAUUGAUCCGUUCUCAAGGCAACAUGUGCUCCUCAUUCUCCUUGCGGAAAAACUCGUCAUCUGUAAAAAACCACAGGGAAAAGAUACUUGGAGAAUUGAGUUCCGUCUGCCACUGAUUUCCAUCAGACUGGAAGAAUCGACCGAUGAACUGUUAUCAGCUCCGACCACGCCACGAUCCCAAACCGACAGCUUAUCCAGCCAUUUUUUUCAAUCCGACAUGCGUUUGGCACCUCCCAGUUUUACCACCGAUGCUUAUGCGUUCACCCUCUCCUUUCGAUCUCGACCGGCGGUGCGGACGGUGUAUUCAUGCAAAUCGCGCGAAGUAGGCAUGUCAUUUCUCGCGGCUGUGUAUGAGGCGCAGUCAUGCCUUGGAAAUACCACGACAGGCUCAAUGGCGGAAAUGGAAGAUAUUCCCGCCAUUUUAUACAAUGAAUCUUACAAAGGCACCAACAUCCAUCCCAAUUUGGUGACAUCCGAAACCGAUUCGACCCAACGUAAAGUGCAAGGUGGCACCGUAGAAGCUCUCGUGCAUGAAUUGCUAUUCCAAACGCAAGGACCUUCGGAUGACUAUCUGAAUGCGUUUCUAUUAACGUAUUCUGUGUUUAUGGCAGCGGGAAGAAUCCUGGAAUUGUUCAAAGAUCAUCUGACUUGGACGUUGCAAGACAAAGUCAUUGGCACAGAGGCUUUGUUCUUCCGCGUCCUCGAUAUCUUUAGGGUGUGGUGUGAACGGUUUUCUCAAGAUGUGGUGGGGGAAGUCGCUUCCGGCAUGAUCUCGAUCCUCGAUACACUUUUCACGCGCGAUGAACUGACGAGCGACCUUCGUGACAGAGGAAAAGCGGUCAAACAAAUCGUGCUCAGAACCGUAGCUGAGAAUGGCAAAAUGCACGAGCAGUCAGCCGAUCUUACACCUUUAUGGGACGAAAGCCACAUUGUUCAAGACAUCCCUGGCGUAUCUACUACUGACUCGGCAUCCACCUCGCCCACGUCCGUGGAUCUCUCCAACGUUCUCGUCACAGGACUUAGCUGCGCUCUCUUUCUCAGCAUUGACCCGGCACGAUUGGCAGAACAGAUUUACUUGUUCCAUCUGUCGCUACAUCGGCUACACAUUGAACCGUUGCUGUCUCCACUGUCCUUUUUACCCCGACCCCACGUAUCACCCAAGAUGCAGAAUGCUCUUUUAUUCACCAGUGUCACUCCCCACUUUUUAACCCGCAUUAUUCGGAACCACAUUCUUGUCGAUACUCAGCAAAACGAUACACUGACCGAGGGAUACAAUGGCAAACUUAUGCGAACGCAGCUUUUGGAGCGUUGGAUUCGUGUAGGCAUGUGCUUGUUGGAUCUGGGUGAUUUGACAGGCUGGUGCGCGGUCGCCAUGGGAAUUUGUUCGCUUGGCGUUGUCCGACUCAAAGAAUCAUGGAAAACCGUCGAUCGCGACUUGGUCGUCAUGAUCGUACGGGAUUGGGUGCGCAUCUUGGCGGAUUAUGGAUUAUUUACGCAGGAUGCUUGGGUCGAAGGAUGGGAAAGUACCAUGAUUUUGCAAUUCGCUAGCAUUAUUGAUAUGGACAAGUUAUCCUUGCCACCUCGCUCUUACACCACACGAUCGUUGCCAUUUUUCGGGACCAUUCGUCAAACCGUCGAUCGCGUGCGCCGCCAUAUCCGACGCUCUUUCGAUCCUUGCACCGUCAACUUUUCCAAAUACUGGUACAUCUACGACAUUAUUCAACAUGGAUUGCAAGAGUGGAAAAAAGAUCAUCGUCCGCUGUCGGACGUGGACAGUGUGCCGUUCAAGGUGGUCGGUCCGCUGCAGACCUUUUUUGAUCGUUCCGUGACCGAUUUUAUCUCUGUUCCUCAUAAUUUCAAGUACCUUCAAGAAUGUUCUCUAGCAUGUGAACCUCGCAUUUUCGGCAGCGUGGAACGCAAUCCUCGGUAUGAUUCACGCGAAUCGGAAGUCGCUCCGCCGUCUCUUUCGCUUCUCACUUUCCCAGAAAUCAUCAAGAGCUAUGAAUUAUUCCCGGACGAUACAGCUUCGCACGAUGGUUCUCUGGAAGGUGCCAGUGCUGCCGCCGUCUCAUCUCCGUCCAAGCUGCAGCCUGGAAAGAAAUACUCAUAUCAAAGCAUUCGUUCUCUUCGCUCUUUUCUCGACGAUGUGACUCAGUCGUAUCCCAGUACGACUGGUUCACACAGUUCACGCCAUGCUGCGGCCGGUGGUGAGGACAGUACACGUCGGUCGGCACGAGCAAGCAAUCGCAAGUUGUUUCGGCGCCGUACUUACAGCUUCCCGCCCGGUGGACCGUCGGCUGAUACGGAAUCGACGAGCGACUCGCGACAUCACGGCAGUUACCUGGAUUCCAUUCACAGUAAAACGUGGCUAGGGUCACUUAUUUCCCAACAGCAUGGAUCACAAGACGAUAAGCUGCUUUUUGAUGCGGCGCAAAGAAAGGAACUGCCCCAUGGCGAAUGGAUUCUGCGUAUUCACGGAGGCGAAUUGAUCUUAAAGGCUUCUACGCUUUUGGUCGCUCCAGGUAGUGAAGAAGCCAUGUCCCAAAGUACUUCGAGCGGGUUUUUAGCCGUUACCGAAAGAGGGAGCUCCUUGGUACGUUCGCGAUCUGGUACUCUUAACCGUGACAACGAUGUGACGACGUGGAAGGAAGAUGAAGAACCAGCCUCCAACGCCAUUCCGCCCGAAUCCAAAGUACUGGUGACCGUGAAGUCGGGCCGACUGGAACGUCUGGUGGAAGUACUAGUGCAUGGUGUCGCUGGUUACAGUGAUGCAAUGAAAGAGCAAUGGCCAUCGUGGUGGCGAGAAAGUCAAGGUGAGAAUGCACCGCAACAAUUAACGAUGGAUGAAGAAGAAUACGUUAUCGCAUUCUUUACCACGUACCGUGUAUUUUGCUCCUGCACACGAUUGUUGGACCUUUUAAGGGAUCAAUUUAUUCACGCCAAAGCAUCGUGUCUUUGUACGGAACAGCAUAAACUCAAUUCUCUCGAAUCCAUAUUUAUCAAUGAUGUCCCUGACGAAGAAGCAUCGAUGAUGUCCCGUUACGACUGGAAAGCGGUGGCCAUGGUCCAACUUCGGGUGGUCAAUCUGUUAAUCUAUUGGAUGGAAGUUCAUUUUUACGACUUUGUUGACGAAAUUGAGGUUUUGCGCCAUAUCAGACGAUUCUUGGACUCUGCAAAGGCCGCUCUGGAAGAAUGGCAAAAACCGCUAUCGGAGACCCUUGGUGACGAUCCCGAUAUUGCUCGCGCAUUGGCAAGCGCUGCAAUCAUUGAGCAGCGCAUGAGCGAUUUGCGCGGUCAAUUCAUUCGGAAAGCGCUAUCUCCAUGUUACGACUUGAAAGCGAUCGAGUACGAUAUCAUGGGCAGUCGCAACGUGGACGAAUUGUAUCGACGGCUGACCAUUGGCACGCAAAGCUUCAGCACCACGGUACAACAAGUGAACAGCAAGACCAUGGCAUUUUGCCUGGUGGAUUCGGCGCUGGACAAGAAUGCUGGCAGUCUUGUGGAUGCGUGCUCGGCCAAAACGUUGUUGGAAGAAGCGGAUCGUUCGGUGCGCGAUCUGGCAGGAUCCGUAACGUUGCAAGAUUGGAUUCAGACAUUUGACGUGUUCGAAGUUCAGUCGGGCGAUUUGUAUGCUUGGCUACCGGCACGAAAAGCGUCGCGAACAUCGGUCAUGUCGUCGGCGCUAUCGCCGGUGACGGAAGCGCCGUCAGCGCAGCAAACCAACUAUCAUAUUCCUGUAGAAGACGUGAUUGUGUCCGAUAUCUUCACCGCCAUCGAAGGAGCGCGUCGCUCGAUUGUGUCCCCUUCAGCAUUUUCUGUAGAUGACCUGUUACUUGCGUUCCCUAGCUCCAUUCAAUAUCUGUACUGCAUGCACUUUAUCAUCCGAAGUUGGGUGAUUCACGAAAUCACGGCUCGGCAGAUCAGCUUCAAGGCCCGCGUGGAACGAAUGGACAAGUUUCUGCAAAUGCUCAUCAUGAGCAAGGCCGCCACCGAACGAAUGGCGUUGUUUCCGGAAUUGAAAGCUUCGGGUCACGCGUCUCGCCGUGUGCCUGGCUUUAUCGAGUAUGCGGUAGCGAGCGCGCUGAUGAGUCCCGAAGUACGUUUGUUUUCAAAAGCCUGGAACGAAGUAUCUCGUCGGCAUAACAACGCGGCUCUGGAUACCUUGGAGAACUUGCUGCAACAUGUAUCACCAACGGAGUCCGUUCACGAAAACGAAACGACGCUUAUGCUUGUCCCGAGUCUUGGUUGGAUCUUUGAACGCAUGCUGGAAUUAUGUGUUUCGGUACCCAAUGCUUACGGUAACAAUGACGAUAUGCUGAACUUUGACAAGCGACGCUACGUGUUCUAUUUCUUGCAGCUGGUGAUGAAUGCCCAGAUCGAUUUACAGGAAGCAUCGUCGCAGCAGGAUUCCAGCCAACCGUGCAUGUCGUUCAUCGUCACACCCAAUGCACACAAAAUGACAUGGAAAGAAAUGAAGGACUACGCCCACCGAGAGAAUAAAACGAGUGGAUCAUCGUCCGGCAGCCUGGUGAGUCGUAGUGCAGGCCAUAAAUCGCACAGCAGUCGAUCGACCGUCUUUGGCAAACUGGUAAUGGAGCAGCUGGAGAAACUCAAAUGCGACAUCAAGGAACGCGAUCGUAUCGAUCGGGAGUGGCGUGAUUUGCAACAAAAACUUCAAAAGAAGCAAGUGGAGCAAGCGCGGAACAUGGAGAAACAGGAACGUCGCAACCAGAAGCAUCAUCAGCAUUUACACUUGUCUUUGCAACAGCAACACUACCAAGUGCUUCCCAAGAUCAAUUCGUUCCUUCGCGGACUCCGGCCCAUCUCCAUGGCAGGGUCGACCCUGGCUACGAUUCCAGGCGAACAGGAUCCAAUGACGCUCUCUUUCCUAACCACCAAAGCAUCGACCGUCAUUAAUCUGAUCCAUUCUACGACGUCCGUGGCGAGCGCGUACACGAAACGUGAUUUCGUGUUUCGAGUGGUCACAGAGGAAGGCGGACAGUACCUGUUUCAGAGUAUUUCACGAGACGAAAUGUAUGAUUGGAUGCAGCACAUCAAUAACACGGCGCGCGAAGGGGCGGCGAAGCGUCAAAGCGUACUCGCUGCCGAAUCCUUGGAUAUUGAAGCAGGCAACCAGCAAUACACCGAGCUGCCCACCACCGCAUCGCCUCGCUCGGCAAGCAAAUCAGCGCGUGCCACCGUGUACGGUGUGGACCUGCCAUUGCUGAUGAGUGAUGGUCAUAUACCCAUUAUUGCCGAGAAAUGCAUGAAGGAAAUUGAAGCGCGUGGACUGGAAGAAGUCGGGAUUUACCGUGUGGCAGGAACAGGAUCCAUCGUAACCCAACUGAAGCGCGAAUUCAAUCGCAACUCCGCCAAAGUGAAUCUGAGCGAUCCUGCAUGGGCAGACAUCAAUGUGGUCGCCGAUGCUUUCAAGCAGUUUUUGCGAGAGUUACCUGAACCGGUGCUUACUCACGGACUGUACGACGAAUUGAUAAAUGCGUCGGCUGCGGAAGACCAUGAUGAACGCGUGUACCUCAUCAAGACGAUUGUGAAAAAGCUCCCACUCACGAAUUAUACCUUUCUAAAGCGAUUGAUUGAGCAUUUUGUCAUUGUCACUGAUUUUGAGGCCACGAAUCAUAUGUAUGCGACCAAUCUUGCCAUUGUGUUUGGACCUACACUGUUGCAGCCAGCUCCUGGACCUGCAUCCUUUGCUACUACCAUGUCGAAUCUCGGGCAUCAUCAAAACAUUGUCAAGUAUCUGAUCCUGAAUUACCAUUACAUCUUUGACGUAGAAAACGAAGAAAUGGAAACCGUUGUCGUGGAAACAAAAAUGGAGGAAGAGGAUGGUCACGUUCAUGAAUAAUCCUCUCUCGCUCUCUCUCUCUCUCUCUCUCUCUCUCUCUCUCUCUCUCUCUCCUUUUCCUGAAGUGAGGGUUCUUUUUCAUUUAUUCCAUUUUUUUUUCCUUUACCAUUCUUUCUAUAUCUCUAUUCAUACUAUGGCAG